AUGGUUCACGUCUUAAAGGCCACUAAAAUUAGAAUUUACAAGCAAUUAUUGUAAGAUGGUGUCUUCGUCUUGAAGAAAGAUUUCGAAGGUCACCACGAAGAAACUGGUGUCCCCAACUUACACUGCUACAUCUUAGUUAGAUCUUUGAAGGACAGAGGUUUCCUCGAAGAAAUCUUCAACUGGGGUUUCACUUACUACUACCUUAACAAGGAAGGUUGUGAAUACUUGAAGACUAAGUUGGGUAUUUCUGCUGAUAAUGUUAUCCCCAAGACCUUCAAGGCCUCCAACGUCAACUUCAUCUCCAAGGAAGAAGACGAAGAAGAAAGACCCAGAAGACAAUUCAACAAGGGUGGAAGAACUGGUGAAAGAGAUGGUAGAAACAAAAGAGGUGUUGGCCGUGGUACCAGAAGAGAAGGUGAAGAAGCUGCCAAGGAAGAAGGUGCUGCUGAAACCGCUCAAGGUAAUCAAGAAACUCCUGCUCAAGAAUGA